GGGACGCGCCCGACGCCGCCUUCGCCACUGCAGCCGCAGCCCCUGAUGCCGCUGCAGUAAUCCGCCCGCGGCGGGCCCGCACUCGUGGCCGCUGCCUCCGCACCUCAGGGCCGAUCCCCGAGUCCGCCGCCCGCAGACAUCAAGUCAAGUCAUGUACAAUAGAGCAGCUAGACACACCUGAAAGAAGACUUCCCGAACUGCUUCAGAAAGUGGCCAGAAUGACAGAGAUGUCAGUGGCUCCUCCAAGUUACUGUUUUGUGGCCUUCCCGCCACGUGCGAAGGAUGGUUUGGUGGUGUUUGGGAAAAAUUCAGCCCGGCCCAGAGAUGAAGUUCAGGAGGUUGUGUAUUUCUCAGCUGCUGAUCAUGAACCUGAGAGCAAAGUUGAGUGCACUUACAUUUCAAUCAACCAAGUUCCGAGGACCCAUGCCAUAGUGAUAAGCAGACCUGCCUGGAUGUGGGGGGCAGAAAUGGGAGCUAACGAACAUGGAGUGUGCAUAGCCAAUGAAGCCAUCAAUGCCAGAGAACCGGCCGCUGAGACAGAAGCCUUACUGGGGAUGGAUCUGGUCAGGCUUGGUUUAGAAAGAGGGGCAACAGCUAAAGAAGCCUUAGAUGUCCUCAUCUCCUUGUUGGAAGAAUAUGGACAAGGUGGGAAUUAUUAUGAAGAUGCCAGCUCCUGCCAUAGCUUCCAAAGUGCAUACCUGAUAGUGGAUCGUGAAGAAGCCUGGGUACUUGAGACUGUAGGGAAGUACUGGGCUGCUGAGAAAAUCACAGAGGGAGUGAAGUGCAUUUGCAAUCAACUUUCACUCACCACUAAGAUGGAUGCGGAGCAUCCUGAACUCAGAACCUACGCUCAGAGUCAAGGCUGGUGGACGGGAGAAGACGAGUUCAACUUUUCCCAGGUGUUUUCUCCAGCUGAUGACCAUCUGGACUGCUGUGCAGGCAGAGAGAGCUUGGAAAAGCACGAAGAAAGCAUCACUGUGCAGACCAUGAUUAACAUCUUACGGGACAAAGCCAGUGGAAUCUGCAUAGACUCUGAAUCUUUCCUCACCACAGCCAGUAUAGUGUCUGUCCUGCCUCAGAACAGGAGCUCUCCGUGCAUUCACUACUUCACUGGGACCCCAGAUCCUUCCAGGUCCAUAUUCAAGCCUUUCAUCUUUGUCGACGAUGUAAAACUUGUCCCCAAAGCACAGUCCCCCUGUUUUGGGGACGAUGACCCUGCCAAAAAAGAGCCUCGAUUCCAGGAGAAACCAGACCGUCGGCAUGAGCUGUACAAGGCCCAUGAGUGGGCACGGGCUGUCAUUGAAAGUGACCAGGAGCAGGGCCGCACACUGAGGAAGACCAUGUUGGAGCUGGAGAAGCAAGGCCUGGAGGCCAUGGAGGAAAUCCUGAGCAGCCCUGAUCCACCAGAUCCUGCUGAGGUCGGGGACCUUUUCUAUGACUGCGUCGACACGGAGAUUAAGUUCUUUAAGUGAAAUAAGCAUUCCUUUCCCCCUUCUUAUUUAAAACUUCCCACCUGACUAAAUUACCAGCAAAACAAACCACUCUCCUGUUUGAGUCAAAUGAGAAAUUUACAAUGUGGCCUCUUUUUCUGAAGCCAGAUCCAACUGUUACCUUGUGUCUCUAAACGUCCCCUUCUUUGCUAUAGCUCCCCUUCCUUCGCUAUGUAAUGUGUAUCCCCUUUCCCUGGUAUUCGGUUGUGUGAUGAAUUGUGCAUUUGAAGCUGCUAGUCUUUUAUUUCAGUGACAGUGGACACAUGAGCCUCUCCUGGGAGAGCUGGAGUGCAUUGGGCUUGAGAGGCAGGCUCACGGUGCUGAGCUAGCGGGAAAAGCAAGCUCUUUGAAGUCUCAGUCGUUCAGUACGAGUGUCUUCCAGGUUAACAAAAGGCAUUUGUCUCUACACAGGCUCCUGUGUGUGGAGUCAAGGGACAACCGCUCCCCUUCCCUUGAGUCUAUGGCUGUGUUCAGUAUAGUCUCUACAGGUGUCUCCUGGGGACUGGCGAAUGGGAAGGAAUCAGAGGGAUCCUCGUCAGGCCCAGCUCCAUCCCAGCGCCCAUGACCCUGAAGGACGUAUCUUCUGUGUGUUUGAUCCAGAUCUGUUUCCACAGGCAGAUCUGCGCAUGUGUGUUACUUGGAACCCUCGGGGCUUAGAGAUCCCAGGACACCAUGCAGGUGAUCUCUUGAAUUCCUGCAUGGCUCUCCUGAAAGGUACAGCUGCUAUGCCCUCAUGGCAAUGCACCUGCCCCAUGAAUGCAGCUUUGGGUGGAAAUGAUCCCAGUCUAGUUGCUAACAUCUAGUCCAGGAUUCAUUAAAUGAUCCUGUGGGAGAAUUCUAUCCCAUAGAGCUGUGGCUCUCUCAGCUAAUGAAGGAAAGGAAAGGAGAAACUCUUGACUGUUUAGAUUGUGGUUACACUAGCUGGAAGCUGAGCAGCCACUACUUUAUCUCAGCAGAGAGACUACUUAAACUAAUUUGUUCCCAAUGUUGUGUUCGCCACCAGAACAUAGAAAAACACGCAAGGGGGGCUGGGGAUUUAGCUCAGCGGCAUAAACGCCUGGCUUGCAAGUAGGCAGUCGUGAGUUUGAUCCCCGGUACCGAUUAAAAGGAAAAAGACAAAAAAAAAAAAAAAAAAAAAAGAAAGAAAGAAAGAAAGAAAGAAAGAAAGAAAGAAAGAAAGAAAGAAAAACACGCAAGGAAGACCAGGUGGGCUCUGGGAGGACACAGGGCCACUUGGUGAAAGAUGGAUGCAGAAACAUUUCUGCUGGUAAAGAGUCCAGCCAUGUCCCUCCUAAGCAGCCUGUUGGAUCCCAUGAAUUAGUAUGAAUCCCAUGAAUUAGUAUAUGAAACAGCUUGCUCAUGGGUCUUGUCCCUUAGUCUCUGGGCCCUCAAUUGCUAUCUGAGGUGGGUAGAAGGUGGAGAGGGCUGAGCGCCACUGAAAUGUUCAACUAUUCGGAAUGGCUAGGAGCCUAGAUAACAGAGCAGCCAGUGAGAGAAUGCCUUUUGGGCCUAACUAUGCUUUACCAUCCUCAACAGGAAUCUGAAAACAAAAAUAUUGUGAGUUUCUGUAGUUUUAGAAAUGGCUUAGGGUGGGUAAUUCCUUUCCAGCAGCAGAAUCCUGGAUGAUGAGGGCUGAAAGGGGCCCUACCCUUUAUCAUAUGGGUGUGAACACUCAGGAGCAGAGGUUUUUAUUGGAAGAAACCUUUUUUUUCCUACUUUUGCUCAGGUGUUUGGUAAAUUCAGUAUGUAAAACUUCUACCUACCCAUAGUGAGAUGGGAGGAGAAUUUUAGGAGAAAAAGCUAAUGGCUGCAGAUUAGGGUGCCUUGUAAUUGUAGUGUCUGCAGCUGCUAACGAAGGAAGGAUGAAGCCUAAGGGUAAUUGGUACCCAUUCACUCCCAAGUCCACCUGACGGGGGGUUAUGUAAAAAUGAGACCAUGCAGAAAGCCAUCCUGUGAUUCCAUAGCAUGGUCUCACCCUCCCUGUUAGGAAACGUUUCCCUACCCAACAUGUCUGUGGCUGCCAAGGUGAUUCCAGGGGUCUAGUGAGAGUAAAUUGCACAGAGGCCACCUUUCAUUGUUGAGCCAAGUCACAGACUGCUCUGCCAGCUUGACGUUAUUACCCAGUUGUUCAGUGGGGAGCACAGUGACUACUUGUGUUAGGAGGCACUGACCUCAAUCAAACAUCGCAGAGAAGGCCCAAUGCUACUUGAGUGACCUCACUGUGCAUCAAACCGUGAGGUCCCUCUGUCACCACUAGAGGGCAUGGCAGCCCUCUGUGGCAUAGCCUGGCAAAGCCUGGCAGGAAAUGAAGGUAGUACCAUCAAAACCCAAAUAAUAGCAGUGGAUGGGUUCUUUAUGCAUCGGGAUGGUUAAGGAAACACGUAAAGAGAGUAAGGACUACUUGAUGUGAUGUACUCACUUUUUAGUGACCUUUAUCUUUAAAUUAACAGCUGGAAAUGCUUUGUUGGACUUGGAGUAGGUUGUUGUAGGGGAAUGGUUUAUUUUGAAAUGCUCCUAACAGAUAAUGAUUUGGAAAAAUGCUCAUUACAGAUAAUUUCUUCACAAGGGAUUGCUUUUCUGAAGGCAAUACAGGAAAUGAAUAUACAGGAUGAAAUAUGACAAUGUCUAAAGGUCACUGUAUGUAAAUAGCUUCCUAGAAUACCAUUUGUGUAUCUAUCAAGACAGGAGGGCACUUGUGCAUGCUUUGUGCAGAGAGAAAUCAUGGCCAUAAAUGACAAAAUCUCUCUCCCUCUUUUCCCCUGUGACCUAACACAAGCUAGUUAGUCUCGUCUAGUAAAUGAGAUUCACUGUAGGUGAAGACAGCCCUUAGACUCAGGGCAGACAUCAGUGAAAGUAAAUUAGCAAAGUAAAAAUAGAACCCUUUCAUUCUUGGAGGUGACCUGAACCUUUAUGUAGAAUAAAGAUAUAAUCAAUAUUAUGGAGAUUCUAGUGCUCAAUAAUGUAAGAUCCAGUGUUAUUAUUAGGAAUCUACCUUACAAGCUAACGGAGCAGGUAUGUUAGAUCGUAGCCAUGAAGUUCCCUUCUAUUGGGUGAAUCUGUAGAUAUAAAGUAUAAUUAUUGACCAGACAAAUAACUUUGUAUCCUGACUGACAUCAUCUUACAUUAGUACAGGUGACACAUGUGUGGUCGACCCAGCAAGGAAGCCAGGUAGGACCAGUAUGUCAGUCAUGACACCUCUUGCAUCCUUGCUUGGAGAACCAUGUGUCUUUUAUCUGAAAGGUCUUCAUCUGAGCUUUCAGCUUUAGGAAGGAAACACAGGGAGGAGUAGGGAGGGAACCUAGUUCUCUGGCCACUUGUACGUGCAGGGGAGGCAUGGCAGGUGAUAUGCCCAGUUGUCCUAGCACAACCUUAUGCUUCCUGUAGCAGUGGCAUUUCAUUCCACCCAGUCCAGAAUCCCUGCUCCCCUCCUAUGGCGUGUGACAAAAUGUGCUUUGUCUGACCGAUGCCAAACACCCCAAAAUGUCAUCUGCAGAUUUCUUGUGGGAACCAAUAUGUACAUGUUUGCAAUCAUGUUGCAAGAAUUUAAAUGUGUUAGCUGGAAAACGCUACUGCCAGGGAAAAUAAAAUCUGUUUCCUGCAGUGGGAACUGACCAUGUAGUCUUAACAGUCUUUUGUACGAACACACUACAAGCCAGAUAACUCCCCUAUCCAAUGCUUGCCUUGGGAUUGUCUCUAAAUGCAUCAAGCAUAUAAUAAAAGAUACUGAGAUCAA